AUGCUAGCAGAUAUACUAUUUUCAAGAGUUUUGCUAUAUAUGUUUAAAAUAAAUUUUGAGGCAAAUGUGAGUUAAAAUGGUAUAUAUCAAAAGAAAAAAUCAUUUCAUCUCCUUCAAUUAAUAAAUAUGAGAAAGAAAUAAUUGUUUUGGAACAAAACAAUAAGUCCUUUAGAUUUGAUGAUGUAGCCAAAAUCAUAAAUAAGGUUUCUGCAAAAAAUUCAAAAAUAAAGAAAAAGAAAAGCCUUUCACUAAAUUCCCCCCUUGAACUUGCAAAAUUAUGGAAGAAUCCACAAAAAUCACCCUUCGUGAGCGAGCAAAAAAUCUUUUAUAAAAUAUAUUUUUUAAUAUAAAUGAUUAUUUUUAUAAAUAAAUGUCUAGCGAAUUCUGUUGAAUUCCAAUAGCCGCAACCUAAAAAAUAAAUUUUUGAUAAGUUAAAUUGUAUUGUAAUUUUUCUUAUAAAUUAUAAAACAUCUACCUCUAAUAAAAGCAAAAUUUUUUUUCUUUGCUCGGAGUAAGGAAUAUUAACGACAUAAACCUUAUAAACACAUACAAAGGGCAAACAAGCAGCAAAAAAUGGAAUAAAAACCUUUCAAUAAAAUCAUCCAGAACUGACAGAGUUUGUUCUAAAACUAACAAUUUUGCAGCUGCUCUAAGAAUUCAUUCAUUAAGCACUCCAAGUUCUAUAAUUGAAAAUUCUCCUCAAUACAAUCCUGUCUUCAUAUCUCCUCGAAUCAGACCUCACUCAGUGUUUAUUCAAAACUUUUCAGGAAAAAUCGAAAGCCAAUGUAAAUAUGAAAAAGCAGUAGCUCCAUUCUGUGUUUCUGUUAGAGGCACCAAAGUAAAAGAAUGUGACUCAUACGGAAUUAUGUUCAGGCCUUCCACUGCAUGCUCAAACAAGAGCUCAAUCCCAGUAUCAGCAACUACUAUUAAAAGGGCAAUAUAUUCCCAUAGGAUUAAAUAA